UCCAGACCUGAGGAAGACAAAGAUCAGAAUAUGUGGAGACACUAGAAGGACAUCUCCAGACCUGAGGAAGACAAAGAUCAGAAUAUGUGGAGACACUAGAAGGACAUCUCCAGACCUGAGGAAGACAAAGAUCAGAAUAUGUGGAGACACUAGAAGGACAUCUCCAGACCUGAGGAAGACAAAGAUCUAAAUAUGUGGAGACACUAGAAGGAUGUCUCCAGACCUGAGACAGAUUUAGAUAUUUAGAGAAACUAAACAACUUUUAUUUCACUGAUGGUCAAAAACCAGGUAGAAACUUGUUCAAAGUGACUCAAAACAGUGUCCAAAGUUAAAACUUUGAGUCACUGUGAUUAAUUUUAUUCAUUUUGAUCAUGUUUUGUCAUUUUGGCCAAAUUUUGAGUAAUUUUGUCCAUUUGAACUCGACUUCGUCACAAUUUCAAGUCAGCCUGGAAGAUUUCAGGGAAUUUUAUGUCAUUUCUAACUCAUUUUCAUCAUCACCAUAAUCUUCAACAUGCUUACAUGAUUUUAGCCAAUAUUUGAAGUCAUUUGGACCAUUUUAAUUCAUCUUUAACAUGUUUGAAGUCAUUUUGGUCAAAUAUUAUUGAAUUUUGGAUCAUUUUAUUGAACUUUUUUUCAAGCCAAUAUCGCUAAAUUUUGAGUGAUUUCUUACCAUUUAAACUCAAUUUUGUCACAAUUUUAAAUCUUCUGGAAAUAGUUUGAGUCAUUUUAGGGCAUUUUUUAAACUCUCAUAAGUUACAUGCUUACAUCAUUUUGAACAAUUCUCACUUAAGUUGGACAGAUUUUCAUUCGUUUUUAGACCAUUUUAACUACUUUUCUUUUUCUUAAAAGCAUUAAGCUUAGUUUUGAUGAAUGUUUAAAGUUGUUCGGAUCAUUUUAAAUUCAUUUUCAAGUUUUUCAAGCCCAAUUUUUGCCCAAUGUUAAGUGAUUUUUAUCAUUUGAACUCUACUUUGUCACAUUCCAAAUUAUGCUGGACCUCAUUUGAGUCAUUUUAGACCAUUUAAAAAAAAACUCAUUUUUAUCAUCAACCUUUUCUUCAACAUGUUUAACAUCAUUUUGGACCUUUUAUUUCACUUGGACAGGUUCUGACUUUAUACCAACUCAUUUUCAUUAUCUUCACUGUGUUAAACAUAGUUUUAAUUAAUAUUAAAAGUAGUUUGAGACCAUUUUUAAUUCAGUUUCAGAAUUCUUCCAAAUCAUUUUGGUCAAUUUUUAAGUGAUUUUGAACUCGACUUUGUCACAUUUUAAGUCUUGCUGGACAUAGUUUGAGUCAUUUUUAGGCCAUUUUGGAACUCAUUUGUGUUAAAUGUAGUUUUAACUAAUGUUUAAAGUCAUUUUGGACCAUAUUUAGUCCAGUUUUGAAAAGAUUUAAACCUAUUUUUGAAGCCAUUGUGGUCAAAUUUGAUCUAGUUUUGGACCAUUUUCAAUUAAUUUUCAACUUCUGUCAAGUCAAAAUUUGGCUAAAAUUUGAUUCGUUUUGGAAAGUUGAAAUAAUGUGGAGGUUCUGUGGAAACACUGCGGCAGGCACUUUAUUUUAGGGCUGGACCCGAAUAUCCUGACUAUCCGAAUAUUUGUUGAAUUCUGGUAUCCAAAACCAUGUGAUGCAUUCAAGUACCUCCUGGAAACUGACCUGAAAAUGAGUCAAAUCUUUAUGUUUCUACAGUUUCUGGCUGAUGAAAGGUGACAGCAGUAAUUUUUUAUUAAAGCUAGCCUGCCUUCAGCGCUCUGUGAGGUCUCAGAGUUCACAGGAUGAAACCCUUUAUAAUUAACUCAGAUUUAUCCUCACCUCCACAGUCGAUCAUGUUGUUCUCGUUGGGUCGGUCCAGAGGCCAGCAGUCGUACUCGCUGUUGUCCAAGUCAUGCCAACAACAAGUCGGGCCGACAAAAACACAAACCUGGAAACAACACAACACACAAAUCCAACAAACACUCACACGAUGAGAGAAAACUUGACCUCAUUAAUAGAAACAUGAUACAAAACACACAAUUAAAAAUCCUAUUUAUUGGUUUUAGACUGAACACAAAGGAAAAAAAACAUCUGGAGUCGUGCAAUAAUUCAAAGCAGUAAAACCAGAACAGUUUAGUGAAGUGAAGUGGACUUUGUUUUAUAAAUAUGUGUCCUUUAAUGCCAAAAAUAGAUUCCUCUAUAUUUAAAUAACAUGAAUUUAACUGGAUGAAAGUUUUUUCCCAUACACAGAGCAGAUGUUUGGUUUCUUACCCAGAUCAGCAGCUGCAGUUCCUCCAUGCUGACGGACUGAUGGACGAAUGAAUGAAUGAAUGAAUGAAUAAAGUGAUGACUGAUGACAGAGAGAAGGUGGUGAACUCAGAGUGAACAUCUACCGCCCCCUGCUGGUGGCUGCUGGGACUGAACUGCAUCAUUUCAAGUCAUUUUGGUCCAACUUAUAUUUUCCUCCUCCUCAAGAAGUUUAAAGCGAUUUUGGAAGAUUUUCAGUCACUUUGGACAAGUCUUUUGGCUUCUUUAAACAAAAUUUCCUUGAAUAUUAAUUCAUUUAGACUAUUUUAGUUCAAUUUUGGUACAUUUUAAGUGAUAUUUUGUCAAUUUUGUCAAUUUGAAACUUUAAAAAUUAAUUUUCACCACGUUUCAAGUCAUUCUACAACAAUUUUCACAUAUUUUCGUCACAGUUAAAGUAAUGCUGGACACAAUUUCUGUCAUUUUUUGACAAAUUAUGAACAUUUUGGACCAUUUUUAAUUCAGUUUCAACAUGUUUUAAGCCAUUUGGUGCAUUUUUGGCUCGUUGUUGAAUCAUUUAAAACAGAUUUUCAACAUGUUUAUAGUGAUAUUGGUGAAAUGUUCAGUAGUUUAGAGAAUUGAGUCACUUUGAACCGUUUUUAAUUAACUUUCAGUGUGUUUUUAGUAAUUCUGGAUCAAUUUUUAUCCAAUUUUAUCGCCAUGUCCUGACGAUAUCAUGUUGUAUGGAUGUCUGAUUUCUUCUUUUUUUGUGUGUGUUUAUUUGUCUUCUUUGUUUUUAAUUCUUGUGAAGAACUUUGUGUUGUUCUGCAUGAAAAGUGCUAUACAAAUAAAUAAAGUUUGAAGUUUGAAUUUAGAAUUUUUUAAAACUCGUUUUCACCUCGUUUCAAGUCAUUAUAGACCGAUUGUCACACGUUUUCACCGUGUUUAAAGUAGUUUGGACACACAGGCGUGCCUCUGUUUAAAGCCCAUAGACUGUAUAUACGGUCUAUGUUGAAGCCCCGCUGACGUCACCCCUCCUUCUGCACGCGACCGCCGGGGACGCGCUUCCACCGCCCGCGAGCGCGCGCAGAUCAGAGUUCGGUCGCUGCUGCGGAGUUUUGCGGCUUUUUUCUUUUUUUGUUUGUUUUUUACCGGAAGCUGCGCGGUUUCAGCGUCAGAACCGGACUUCUACCGACGGCCUGGUUCCGUCUCCCCGGUUCUGUCACCGAGCGGCGGGAUUUAACGGCUCUGGGCUCCGGUAAAGUCCGUUAAUGAAGCCCCGGUUCUGCUGAAGGCGGAUGUCUGCCGGUUGGAGGAUGCGCACUGCGGUUCUGCGAACUGCGGUUCUGCUGUCCUGGUUCUGUUUGUGGACCCGGAGCCAAAGGUUGGACCCCGACAGCUGGUCCGACGGAGCCGUGAUGACGUCAGACGGUCUCUGUCGCUACGGUAACAGUGUGGAGUGCUGCUGGGGAUGGAAGCCGAUGGACCGAGGACGAUGUCAGCCCGACUGUCAGCAGGGAUGUAAACACGGUGACUGCGUCGGACCCGACAGAUGCAAGUGUCACCCCGGAUACACCGGCAAGGCCUGUAACCACGACCUGAAUGAAUGCGGUGUGAAGCCUCGGCCCUGCAAACAUCGAUGCAUGAACACAGUGGGAAGCUACAAGUGUUACUGUCUGGAUGGAUUCACCCUGAUGGAGGACGGCAGCUGCAGGAAUGCUCGGACCUGUUACCAUGCCAACUGUCAGUACGGCUGUGAGGUCAUCAAGGGGGCGGUCCGAUGCACCUGUCCGUCGCCGGGGUUACGCCUGGGGCCGGACGGACGCACCUGCAUCGACGUGGACGAAUGCUCGUCGGGCCGCUUCGUUUGCGCUCGCCGCAGGAAAUGCGUCAACACGUUCGGCAGCUACACCUGCAGAUGUCACCUGGGGUUCAGACUGAUGUUCAUCGACGGACGCUACUCCUGUAUCAAUAAAGACAGUCGGACGUUCUGUUCUCUCAAUCCGUCGUCUCCAAAGUGCAGAUGUAAAGACGGCAGCUGCGGCGAUAUUCCCAAAGUGAGUCUGGAGCCACAGAAACCAAGAACUACAAUUCCCACCACCACUACCACUACUACCAGUACUACUACUACUAGGACUAGUACUACUACUACUACUACUAGUACUAGUACUACUACUAUGAAAGCUCGUCAAACUGCCACCACUACUGUCCCCACAACAACCACUGCCUUAGCAACAACCAUCACGGCUACUACAGACGCUGCUACCACCGAAACAACCACUUCAAUACCCACUACUACUACUACUAGUACUACUACAGCUACUUCUGUUACUACUGCUACUACUACUACAACUUCUCCUGUUACCACUACUACUACAGCUACUCCUGUUACUACUAUAGCUAUUACUACUACUCCUGUUACUACCACUACUACAACAACUACUCCUGUUACUACCACUACUACUACCCCAACUACACCACCUCCUGCCACCACUACAAGUCUGAGUAUACCAACUACUCUGGUUACUACAACUGAACUGGAUACUACAACUCCAACAAUACCUCCUCCUCCUACUAUUACUCCUGUUACUACCACUACUACUACUACUACUACUACUACUACUUCUACUACUACUCCAAGUACCACACCCCCUCCUACUACUACCAUGGUUACCACGGUUGCCCCGGUGACGACCACCGUUAGCAACAAGAUCAACAACGACGUGACGCACAAGCAGAGAGGCGACGUCCACAUUCCUCGACAUCCGGGUCACAACCAGGUCUGGGAGUUUGACAUCGAGCUGGGAAACACUGCCGACGACGCCCGAGACGACCCUGAUGUCGGAGUUCUUCGCUGUUCCUUCGAUGGCGGAGUUUGUGGCUGGAUGUCGGACGGAGAUGGAGAUCUGGACUGGGAAACGGUUAACAACCCUGCAGGUGAGAGAUACCUGUCCGUUCCUGAACUCAAGGCGGGGCAAAGGAGCAUCCGUGGUGCUCGAUUGGCCGUCCAGAUCACCCCUACCUGGCGCCAUGGCGAGCUAUGUUUCUCUUUCUCCCAUUGGCUGACAGGGCAUCAUGUAGGUGUGUUGCAGCUGUUCAUCAGGAAAACGGGACAAGACCGAAGGUAUGGCUCCGCCCUCUGGAGCAGGACAGGUGGACACGGUUGGAGACACACGCAGGUUACCUUGACGACGCCCUCUGUGGACAAGGUGUUGCUGAAGGCCGAGCGCCGGAUUGGACGAAGAGGUCAGAUCGCCAUUGAUGACGUCACACUGAGACGGGGGGCGUGUCGAUGAAAUCACUGCGGAAUGAGGACGUUUUUCUCUCAGAUUGAAUUCAAAGACUGGGAUUGCAUUUAAAGGACGGACUCGAUGAUUUAUCUAUCGGACAGUCUCACACCCAGAGACGGGAGAAGAUUAUUUUUGGUUUCGAUGUCGUUGAUUUCAUCCUGACUACAUCUUUAAACAAAUAUCUCUCUGAAAUCUCUAAUUAGUCAAUGUUGUCUGGUCUGUAAAAAUCAAUCAGUGUCCAAGACGAUGUCCAGAUUUCAUGAAAAUUUUUCUCAUUUAAGAAGCUUUUUCUUCUUUAAAAAUACUCAGAUUGAUUUUCAAAGUAGUUGGAGAUAGAUAAUAAUAAAAUAUUUAAUAUUAAUUCUUUCACUUUUUUAAAAAGCUUGAAAAAGUCUUAAAUUUAAUUUGACGAAAGUCUGAAAUAAAUGUAAGAUUUAUUGAGAUUUUGGAGCUAAAACCGACAAAUUACCUAAAACUGACCGACUGUUACAACUUUAAAAAGAAUAAUUUGAUUUAAUUUAAUUAUACAGACAGACAUUGUUCCACAUCAUUUCUGCAGUUAAAACUAGUUCAUACUUCAGUAUUACAGUUGAAUUCAAAGGUCUAAAAACUUGAACAAACCCUAUCAAAGUGAAGCAGCAGUUAAAAGUCAACUAACUGGACUUUGCUUUGUUUCAGUGUAAAAUAUUAUCGAGUUUAACUGAAACAGCGACGUCACGUUAAGCUGAUCUACGUCUAGUCAGUGUUCUUCGUCUCGUACAUAAAUUAAGUCUCCACAGUGUUGGUUUAUAUUUCUACAGUGUUUUAGAUUAAAUUUAUACAGAAAGUUGUUUUAUGUCACAAAUUUGAAAUAAUGAUUUCUAAUUUACUUUUAUAAAAAAGUUUCUCAUGUGAAAAUCAAAACAUUUUUUGUAAAUAUGAUACAGAUUUAUACUGAAAUGAUGUUUAGGUGAAUUUGUCUUUUUAACUCAUUUUUGAUGUCUAUAACCAUUGAGUGCCAUUUUGUGAUGAUUUUAAUGAACUUUUUUACGACUGAAAUUUUAUAUAAUCUGUUUUCUGACAAAAUAUUUCACUAAGAUGUUUUUUAUGACAUUCUGUCAAUGCACAUAAUUUAUCAUUUUUGAUUACUUUUUCAUGGCGUACUGAAUUCUGACUUUUUGAUGAAAUGUUUCAUGACGUACUCUGACUAUUAUGAUGAGGUUAUGGAUGAUGUUCUACAUUCUAUAUUAUGAUGGUAUGGAUGACAUUUUUGACAAUAUGGUGUUUUUCACAAGAAAUUUUAUGAUGUACGUAAAAUGGCGUUUUUGACGACAUACUAUACUAUGACAUUCUUGACAACGUUUUUGAUGACAUAUGCUAUGAUGUUUUUGACAUUAACUAUGAUGUAUCAACAUCAGUUUUCUUCUCAGCCUUUUUGUUUUUGUUCUUGAUGUCAGUGUUGUGUAUUUUUCUAUUGGCUCAGCAUGUUUCAAUGUGUCACCUCAGGAUCCAAUGAGAAGGUCAAAAAGAUCAUCAGGACCUUGUAGGGAGGUCUUUCUCUCAUUUCUCAUGAGGUGUUGUCUCUUUUUAAAAAAAAAACAAACAACAAAGACUGGGAUUCUAGGAAUAGAUGGAAAACUAAGAUGGGUCACACUUUCAGAACAGUGUCUGACCAGAAAACGGACACGCAUUCCUGAUUUACUGUUUUGGAAAUUCCCAAACACACGAGUCUCUCUGUUGAGAACAGAAUGAACUGUGUAAUUUCAAAAAUGAUACAGAACAAUAAACUUGCUGAAAAAGGA